AUGGUUGCCGAAAGCUUUUGUCAGAAGCGAAGCGAUCAUCCUUUCAUUCUAGGUCUUCAACCGUCUGCACUCGUUGAUACCGUCGCUCGCGUUGAUUGCUCGUUGCUCGAUCGUAUUCCCGGCGAACGCGGUGGCUCUAUUCCCGUUGCGAUUGAAGAGCUUGAAUAUAUACUGAAGGAAGUUGAAACUAGUUCUCGUGAUGAGGCUAAUGAUGAUUCCCGUUCUUGUGUGAUGAAAACUAUGGCUGGUGGAAGUGUUGCCAAUACGAUUCGUGGUCUUAGUAGUGGUUUUGGGAUUUCUAGUGGAAUUAUUGGAGCGUGUGGAGACGAUGAACAAGGUCAAUUGUUUGUUAAUAAUAUGUCGUCUCAUGGCGUUGAUCUUUCUAGACUUCGGAAAAAGAAUGGACACACUGCACAGUGUGUUUGCUUGGUAGAUGAAUUGGCUAAUCGAACAAUGCGGCCCUGUCUCUCAAAUGCUGUCAAAGUACAGGCUCAAGAAUUGACGAAAGAGGAUUUCAAAGGCUCCAAGUGGUUGGUUUUGAGAUAUGCAAUACUCAAUUUGGAAGCUAUUCAAGCAGCCAUUGCUUUGGCCAAACAGGAAGGUCUUCUUGUUUCCUUGGACUUGGCCAGUUUUGAGAUGGUUAGGAACUUUAAAUUACCACUUCUGAAGUUGCUGGAAUCUGGAAACAUAGACCUCUGCUUUGCCAAUGAGGAUGAGGCAACAGAACUUUUAAGGGGCGAACAGAAUGCUGAUCCAAUAGCCGCAGUAGAAUUUCUUGCCAAAUACUGCCAAUGGGCUGUGGUAACAUUGGGCUCUGAUGGAUGCAUUGCUAGACAUGGGAAGGAGAUGAUACGUGUCCCGGCGAUAGGAGAAUCAAAGGCAACUGAUGCUACAGGAGCAGGAGACCUUUUUGCAAGUGGAUUCUUGUACGGAGUGGUUAAGGGUUUGUCACUAGAAGAAUGCUGCAAAGUAGGCACAUGUAGUGGUGGAUCUGUCAUCCGCUCUCUUGGUGGUGAGGUAACAUUAGAGAAUUGGCAAUGGAUGUACAAGCAGAUGCAAGUGAAGGGUCUUCCCACACCCGAGGGCUUAUGA